UAAUUAUAAGCACAAAUUGAAAUUAUCGUUAGUAUUUUGACGAAAAUCGUGGACGAUGGUUGUGUUUUUUAUAUUUGGUAUAUUUCUGGCAAGCGCAAAGGCCUUUGACAAUUUGGAACUAUCGCCAGCAGUGAUAGAUUCAAACAUAAAAUAUGUCGAAAUUCCACCGUUGCCGUUGCCAGCAGAGGAAAAAGUACCAAAUGCACACGAUCAAAAUUGUCCACAGAAUGAACUACUGGUUCAAAUACUAAACAUCCUAACAGACCAGAAAUCCAUAAAUUAUCUUGAUGGACCAACAAAAACGUAUGUAUUAAGCCUUCUUAAGGAUGUCUUGCAAAAUUCUCCUCAACACGAAAAGAUCUCAAAUGAUAUUUUAAGAAGCAAUUCAGCCAAUAAUGUACUGAGAGCUCUGGCAAACGCAGAUAAUAAUAAAAUUAAAAUAACAGUACAAUACGAAUUACCCGCAUCGAAUAACUGUGAGAAAUCAUUAGAGAAUUUGUAUAAAAUAAUUAAUGUCCUAAACGAAGCUAAAACGCCAGUAGUAUCGAAAUUCGAGGUGAGAACUGAGAUCCCAGAAGUAGAUAGUCUACUAGUUUCUAGGCCAGAACUCUAUACAAUACCAAAUCAUGAUCAAAACAUUCAGGAUAAACACAACAAAGAAGCAUUGAAAGCUCUAUUUGAAAAUCCGAACACUAAUGUUAAAGAUUUACUCGAAAAUUACAGACCCCGCGUCUCAGCUCCGGUGCAACAUGAUGUAUUAAUAGAUGAAAGCUUCGCUAUCCCACAAAAGCCGAGUAAUAAUUUGGUACAGAUUAAAUAUUACUACAACAGAGCGCCAGAAUAUCGACCGAACGAUUUCCAAAUUCAAAAUCCAGUGGUGGUACCAAAGGCUGAUAAUAAUGUUGAACCAGUCGAAGAAAAGGUUCUCUGGAAGAACCCGUAUCAACCCUUAGGAUCGGCUGUGUAUAAUAUCGAUCAGGCUCCACACGGUAAUCCUAAUGAUGUGUAUAAUAAUUUAUUAAGAGAUUUAAUAGCUAUUGCACAAAAACCACAACACAAAACUAAAGAAGACAAAGUGAAAGACGUCUUACCAAAAUCUAGGAUAGUUCAGGAUCCUUACAUAUAUUCUAAUGCAAACGGACAAUACCUAAGUCCUAUUGAUAAUCAAAAUCCUAUCAAUAAUUACGACAAAGUAGUACCUGUACCAACUGGAUAUGACAAUAUUUACGAACCAUAUGCACAAAAAGGUGAAGGACAAUCUAUAGUAGAUCCAUAUUCAGGAAAAUUGCAAAACCAGCCUGGCGUAAAUGUCGUUAAUGUGAAACAAAUAGCGGAUCAUGAUAAAAUUGUAGAAAUAACUUAUGUGCUACAACAACCGAAAAAAGUUCAUUACGAACCAGUAUAUUUGAUCAAAUAUCGUCUACCAUUGAAAGUGUUUGAAGAGCACGUAUACAAAUUAUUAUUAUCGAAACCCUUUCUCAAACAGGACCCGAAUAAACUAUACCAAGAAUUACUCGCUUCUCUCAAGUUAGAUAAUCGAUUCACACAAGUCACAGAAUUGAGGAGUAAAGAAAUUAACAACAUGAACAAUGAAACGGAAAAUGACAAUCAUGUAUUAACAUCCAAGGUGAAAGAAAUAGAAGACGAAUUGAAAAUUAUCAAGGAACUCAAUGCAAAUGUGUCAUCAUCUGAUCUUCUGUCAAUUAACAAUGGGACAGUUGAAAAUGAGUUGAAAAGGUUGAAGCGACAUCCAGUGCUAUUGAACGAAAAUAUAAUAUAAAAUAUAAUAAAACAACAUAAAAAGCCUAUAAGAUUAUGAUAGACGUCAGCAAAGUAUUUCUACAAUAAUGUUCCCACAAAAACUUUCUCAAAUAAAAAGCUUAAUAAAUUGUC